GAGCGGGCGGGCGGAGGGGACACCCCAGCGGGACACGGGCAGUGCCGGGGCCGCUGCGCUGUGGGACGGCACUGGUCUCCCCCGCGCAUGGGGCUGCUAUCGUGCCGCCUGUCGCUCGGGUGUUUCCCUUUCACCUCGUGAGCGCUUGCGGGUUGUUUUCUGGCGCAGGCUUUGAAGCUCAGACCCAGACAUGAAGAAGGUUCUGUGCGUGGAGCCCGUCAUUUUCAUCUACAUUUUUGCGUCUUCCCUGACGAGCCCGCUGGUGCAGCAGUUCAUAUACCGGCGGCUGUGGGAGCAGGAGUACAACUCCACUUUCGUGAGCGACAGCAAUGUCAGUCACUGCGAGCAGAAUAAGAGCAGCCCGGCUUAUAUCAAACAGAAGGAAGUUCAAGAAAAAGCCUCUGUUUUUAAUAUGCAGUUGGACUUAACUAGGGCCAUUCCUAGCCUUACAGUUGCCUUUAUCAUUGUAGCUAAUGGGGAUCGCCAGGGACACAAAAGGUCUUUAGUUUUACCAUCAAUGGGAGCUUUGAUUUCUAGUAUUAGCUUCACUGCAAUAUCAUAUUUUUCCUUGUCACUCUCUGUCCUAUUUGCAGUCGCAUUUAUUACUGGACUGUUUGGGAGUAUAGCAACUUUCCUUGGAGGAGGCUUUGCUUAUAUAGCGGAGGAGUGUCACGAUGAGAAGCAGAAAACAACACGAAUAGCUGUAGUGGAUUUGAUUUUUGGAGUUGUAUCUGGAUUGGCAGGACUGCUAUCUGGCUACUUUCUAAGAGGAAUAGGCUUUGCAUGGACAUUUGUGACAGCAUCUCUGUUCCAUGUCAUUAAUAUCAUUUAUAUUGUAUUUUUUCUGGAAGAUACCGUAGGUGUAUCUCAAUUCCAGCAUGAGGCACCAGUAUCCUGGAAAGAACUUCUUAGGGAGACAUUUUCUGGAGUAUACAUGCUUUUUAAAACUGCCCCUUAUAAAAAGAGAAUUUUAAUAAUUGUGCUACUUUUUACGUUUAUGGCGUAUUUGUUUACUCUGCUGGGUGGGACUUCACUUUUUACACUGUACGAGCUGGAUGAGCCACUCUGCUGGGAUGAAGUAUACAUUGGAUAUGGAGCAGCUGCAUCCACUUCUAUCUCUCUGACCAGCUUUUUAGGAGUUUACUUGUUUUCCAAAUGUCUCAAAGACAUUUAUAUUGUCUUUAUUGGGAUGUUUUCUUACAUUGGAGGAAUGGUCAUGGCUGCCUUUGCCAAAACUACCCUGCUCAUGUUUUUAGUGAGAUUGCCAUCUUUGUUCUGCUUUAUGCCUAUUCCUGUUCUCCGAUCCAUGCUGUCAAAAGUGGUUCUYGCUAGUGAACAGGGUGCUGUGUUUGCUUGUAUUGCCUGUUUAGAAGUUGUGACCGGCACUAUGUCAAUUUCAAUUUUUAAUAUUCUCUAUGCAACCACUGUUGCAUGGUUUUCAGGCUUUAGCUUCCUCCUAUCGGCAGGCAUUUGUCUAAUUCCACUCUCUGUACUGUGCUGGCUUCUGUGCACAAGCUGGAAUGGGGAGGACUUGGCUCUGCUGGUACCCGAAGAAGUAUCCAGCAUAGAGAGUGCUGAUAGUUGAACAAAGGAUCCAUGUACCUGGGAUUUCUAAUCUGACAUGUAGUGGCAGGGUUAUGUCACACAGAAACCACAAAGAUAACAUAACACAAUCUCCAAGUGGCCCUGCAGCAGUAAGCACUAAAUUGGUACCACUCAAUACCCAGUCUCUUUCCAGCACAUUACUAAAGCUAGCUCUUAACUAUGCAAAUAGGCUCGCAAUUGAGCUUAAUGCUGCUUUCAGCAUGAAGGAAAAAAUAAGGUAGGAUGAUACUCUUUCCACUUACACUUUCUCAAAUUUGGGAGUAUCAGUUGUGGAUUGUGAUACAUUUUGUGUCACUCUAAUAAGCUUAUUAACGCAGGGGAGGCUGGCAAUUCUGCUGAUGCCACUCUAGCCUUGUGCCAGCUGAAGGUGUGGUCCACUGUGUGCAUUUUGAAAGGCCCAUCUUAAUGGUGAAGCCCCCAAACUGUCUAAAAUUACUAAACUAAAAGGUUUUUUUCAGAAAGCAAGCAAACUGGAGGCAGUACAYACACCUGCUCUAAGCAGACUUACUGUUCUGCAGCUACGAGAGUGUUUGUGUAGGUUUAACAUAUGAUGUGUGGACCUUGCCURUGWCUUAGUUCUUGAAAUGAAUUUUCUCACAGAACUGUCAGAAAAUUUCCAUCUUGCAGAGUGUGAAGUUCAGCCCAAACCUACAUUUUGCAGAGGCCAUACUGCACAUUUAGCRUUUUCCAUAUAUUAAGGACUGCAUACAGACAACUCUGUGUUUUGUUCCAGAGAUACUUCUUGUUUUCUAGUUAUAUUGGUUCUUGGCUUAAAUGUGUCUUCUAGUGAAAAGCUGUGAUAGCAUUUCGCAUCAGUAGAUCUUUAUUCAGAGCACCUGAAAUGAGGUGAAAAAAUCAGAAUCAUGCAUCUCAUCAUCUUGCAAUGAAYGCAGCAUAAUUUAUGAGCACUUGAACAGCACUUCUAAUCUUCAAAGCACUUUACUAAUGYUAUUUAAAUGUCCUUCCACAAUAGAUACUAUCCUCCCUGCUAUAUAGAGAAAUUAACAGAGAGGACAAGUGAUAUGUCCAGGGCCCCAGUGCAAACUGGUGAGAGUGCCAAGCCUAGGAAUAUGUUUCAGCACUGACUCCUCACCUUUCUCCUUAAGAUCUUUAAGCAGAAAUUAUCCUGAGUAUUAGCUUCUGGAAUGCACAGCAGGGCAGAAAUGUAACACACCAUGUUAACGAUCACUCCCAUCUGUUGAUUUUGUUAAAGAGUUUGACAGCCAAUACUGUUCUGAUCUCUGAAAGUUGUUUGUGACUCUUGUCCCCCAAAACAGAUUYGGUAGAGAAAGCAAAGCAAUGUAAAGUGGCCAUUUAGAGAAUGAAACCUCCAGGAAAGCAACUACAAUGACUACACAUGCACACAGCAUAGGAUAAAAGUGUAAACAGUGUGUGCUGCAUAACUGAUUGACCUGCCAYUGAUACUCAUCAUAUGAACAGAAUGCAGAACUUCUCUAGUGGUACUCCACUAAAAAAAUAGUGCCAAAUCAUGAUGAUACUAUUGUAGAUCCUUUAUAAUUGAACGAUUGCAUUGUUUCCAGGCUAUGUACCAUGAUCACAGAGAAGCCUGGAAGAAGGUUCAAGUUAAAGCAUUACACUAUUCAGACCACUACCUAUUCAAUCACAGAUGAAAAUGGCCAUUUAUCCAGGCCAGCAGGAAUAUACUGACAUCUCCAGCUCUUACACUUCUGUCCUGAACUCCCAAGACUGUGCUGGCAAGUAAAGAUCAUUAGCUUUCUCUCGGUAGUUAACGCACGAGCCAGAAAAUAAAACUGCUUAAUGCCUUUGAGGUGCCCAAGUUACUGCCAACUUGUUGGAAACAUGAGCUGAGCAAUAACCAGUGGAUCCAAAACAUAAUGAGUACUUGUAGAGAGAUUAAGAAAACACUGAUGUAAAGGAUUUCAGCACAGAGAUUACAUUGUCUUCUUUGCCUCUUCAUUAUGCAGUUAUGUAAAGCUUUUUGAAAUUAACUGUUUCACACAAAACUGCCUGAAAAUAAAAAAGCAAAUGAAGAAGUGUACCUUCACCUUCUCUUCUUCAAUGCACACCUCUCCUAGCACUCCAGAAGCUCCCAACAAAGCAAGCCAGUUCCRCAGUGGUGUUGUGUUGGUCCAAUUGAGGACAAGCAAGUAUACCUCAGGAACGGCUGUUAUGGUUUGAUUUUACUGUACAAAGUAYGUGCUGUAUGCAAAGUAUUUCUGAUAGAUGGAGCAUUUAGAACUGGCUAUAAAUUUAGGUCAAAACAUGAAGGAUAUGAACUGUGUUUUUAAAMAGCCUAGCAAGGUGCAAGCUGAGGAACAAUGUACUAAUAUGCUUCAAAUUAAUAAAGCAAAAUCUUCUAAGUUUAUAAUAAUUUAUUUGUAUAUAAAUACAAAUUAUUUUGACAUAAUAUAAUAAAGUUUGGUU